UCCUGUCUUUCUUUAGCUCUUUGCAACUCAUCCCUCUUGUUGCCCUCCUAGCCUCUCAACAUUUCACCUCUCAUCGCAACGCUUACUGCGCCUCCUUCUCACUCCAUCUCAUUCAUUCCAAACCAUGCUCGCCAGCCUCCUUCCGCUCCUCGCGAGCGCCGCCACCUUCGGCUUCGUCGCAGCUCAAUAUCAAGACCCGUCCUCGGAGCUCGUCCUUGACUCACCCGCCUGUGGCUUCUACCGCUGCGCUGUCACUUGGAAGCACGGCGACAAGGUCGACAUCAACUGGCAGAACGCGCCCGCAGGCAUGGUCAACCUCGUCCUCAUGACCAAUGACAACAGCGAAGUCGCGUACCAGAUCGCAAACGUCUCUUCGCCUAGUCAACCGGGCUACUGCGAUGCAGGCAAUGGUGUGGGCACCGUUGUGCCCGGCAAGGAGUGUGGGCGCUUCGAAUUCAUUGUGCCCACUGAGUGGACCACAGGCAGGAAUUACAGCGUUCGUGCCCAACUCACCAACAAUACAUCCAUCGAGUCAUACACGGAUGUUGUCCAGAUCCAAGCCGCUGAGGGCAACCCAGAGCCAAGCAUCGCAUUCAGCGCCGCCCCCAUCUCUGGCGCGCCCACCUCCACGGCCGAAGGCAGCGUAGCCUCCUCGCAGACUGCAACCGUCACAGCGCCCGUCAGUCCAGGGGCGUCUACGCCCGCCGCAGCCUCAUCAAGCGGAGCUGCUGGUGGCUCCUCGGCGUCGUCUGGUGGGGCGCAAGGCUCCUCGGCUUCUUCACCAUCUCCCUCCGGCUCGGCAGCCAAGGGUGGGGCUAGCAACGGGGCAACUGGCAUUCCCUUCCCUCUCCUCACAGGCUCAAUGCUCGGUCUCUUCUCCGCCUUCGCCGCCGCUACCAUGAUGUGAAGGGCGCCAGACAGCAGCAACAGUCUCACACUCGCAACCGGAUCCCUUUCGGGUCGAAUAUCUUAGAUCAAUAGCAAGGCAUCGAG